GACGCGUAAAAUGUGUUUAUUUUGAACCUGUCUGGAGUUUCUACUGAGUGAAUUUGUUCCUCAAUUUAUUAUCUAUGAUAUUAAAGAUUGUGAGGAUUUCGGUAAAACCUGUCUUACCAUGAUGCCAAGGGACAGUCAGUCCAAAACGGCCGCAAUCGCCGCGGACGCGACGGUUGGAAACUGUCAAAACUGCUAUGUUUUGCACCAGAGCCAGACCGAAUACGUGUCGUCAUUUCUGGCUCUGAAACAGAGGAUAGCGGUUUCUGAUGACGCAAUUGGACUUCAACAACAGCUGGAAGAGCUGCAGAUCAGAUUGGUUACUCUGGAGAAAAAGACGGCCGAUUAUGAAUCUUUGCAAGCAGAACUUGAGGAAAAAAAGGUUGCUCUUAAGACCUUUGGGCAGAUUUCUGAAGAGAUGGAAAAAUUGAAGCAGGAAAAUAUCAAGAUGAUGGCAGAGAACGAGAAGCUUGAAGACCAUCUUAAGGAUGUGAAAGAACUGACAGAAACACAGUCACUUGAGAAUGCUCUACUGAAGAGGGAAAAAGCUGUAGUAGAAAAUGAUCUGCUGGAAACACAGACCUCUUUGAAGAAAUCUCAGGCAAAAGCAGAUCAAGUUGAAAGAUUGAUAGAGGAGAACGCCAAGACAGCAAGCAUAAAGGGAAGCCUUGAGAAUAAAGUUAGGCUGCUUGAAAGUUGGUAUCAAAAAUACUUGGUUUGCAAACAGAAUCAUCAAAUAUCCCAUCUGACCAAAGAGAAGAUCUUGCUAGAGAGCAAUAUUGAUGACCUCCAGGUGAGAAUGAGGAAACUGGAAAGAGAAAGGUGCAAAGAUUAUAGGAGUACAUCAACUCAAGCAAGUGCACCGAAGGAGCCUAAAGUAGACAAAGAAAGGUUCCAAAUGCUGCUACAGGAUUUAUGGGCAUGUGUGGAACCUCAGCAGCAGAACCCUGUCAACCUGAUACAUUACCAAACCUCUCCAGAGUCAAGAUCCAAGGAUGUUCCACCAAGCCCCCCACAAAACAGACUGCACUCUCAUCUGAAGAACGCAUCCCAGUCCCCUUCUCAUAAGAUCAGUCAAUCCGACAGUUCCCCUGUGCAAACAAAAGCCAUUUUUACACUGUUAAAAAGCACUCGUCAUAGGCGGAAAGACAUUAAGCAUCAAGCAUCGCUGCAGUCACCAAGUACCAAGAAACCAAAAAACACUCCCAAAAAGAGCAAGUCCAAGAAGCACAAAGCUGAGGAGUCGUCUUCUGACUUUGGAAGCUCAGAAGUAUCUUUGGGUCAGAUACUGGCAUUGUUCAAAUCAGUGCUUCCCUGCAUUUCACCUAUACCAGACGAGGUGGAAAAUCAGGAUGCAGAAAUGGAAUCGAUGGAGACAACAGAUGGGGAUAAGGAAAACCAUCCCAAAAUCUCUGACGACUCUGUUCCUUCUCAACAAGAAGAGUCCUUACUCAUCACAACAUCUGGAACAAGCCCCUGUCUAAAACCUUCUGCACUACAGAGAGAGGAAAAGGUAGACUUGCCAGUAGUCACAAGACAGGAAGUGGAACACAUUUUCAAUGAAAAUGACUCCAAAGACUCGGGACAAAAUAUUUUGAGUCGCGUCACUGAAGUGAAGGUCAAAGGCAUCACAAAUGCAAAGGAGUUGCCGAAUGAGCACAAGCCGUCAGCCGUGCAGUUAUCAUCAACAGCUUCUUCUUCUGCUCCUACUUAUUUAUCUUCUUCUGCCAACAGUGGUGCCAAUAGUAUCCCUGAAGGUGAAAAUGCAAAGGAAGUUCAGUCAGAUACAGGUGAAAAGAUUGAGGUCGACACAAGGCCUGGUGAUCUUACUGAUGCUAAAGCAGUCCUUCCUGAGGUUGGACAGUCCCCCAGAAGGAAGGAUACAACUGUAAUCUCUGAAGAAACAGUUGAUGUUCAGCCAGUUAAUUCCUCAGUUACCUCCUCAAUAAUCAUUGACUCUGUGAGAGUUGCUGAGGUAACAAAUACAGAAAAGGGUUCCGAACUGGGAAAAGACCUCCAGGACUCAAGUGAUCUGGGACAGGGCAGUCAAGAUGUCUUAGCACCCCAGGAGAAUAGAGGCUGUGUGGGCCAUGACACAGAUGUGCCAGACGAUAAACCCUGUUUGUCAAUCAGCGAUGACGGCCUCAGUAGUGCCACAAGUAAAAAUGUUGAAGGAAAGCUUGAAGAUGAUGCACCCAUUAAACCUCUUGGGGAGGAAAGUGGGAGCGAAGCACUAGGAACUGGUGGAAUCACUGUAGCAGCUUCUGUCUCUGAAUCAAAUGGUGAUAAUAGAUCUACGCCUCUUCCACUGUUGAAGAUGGAAGAUGACAAAACCCAUGCUGACCAGGAAACUGGUAAGGCAAAUGUUGCAACUACUGCAGAAAAGGGUGUUGACAUAGACACAUUCAACUGUGAAAAACUAGCAGAUCAAGGCUCUCCCCUUUCUAACUUAAAAGAGGCUGAUAACUAUGAAUCUAUCAAGGAUAAUAUACAUUCUAUGUCCAGGCGAAUAAGUCCUUCAUGUCUGAUUCCCACUAUAGAAUUGCAGGCUUUGGACAAAGACCCAUCACCAGAAAACCAGAUAACAACAAACAAAGAAACUGUAGCACUUCAGGACAGCAGAGACGCAAGUCACCUUCAAGUGAAACAAAAUAUUGUUCGCACUGUUAGAUCUACUCUGUCAUUAAGAAGUGAUACUAGCACAAAUGAAUUCACAAAAGUUACUGAAAAUCAAAGCCCAGUUGUGAUCCGAGAGGAAGAACCUAGCCAAGUGGCAUGUUCCACUACGGCUCAGUCACCAGAAUGCAUAGGCCAAGUUCGCUCUGCGAUGGGCCCUCCGCUUCCUCGUCUCCUAACACCUCUGAAAACACCUCCAAAGGCGGGCAAAUCAAUCAAUCCAAGGCAGGCUAUUGGUAAACUCUCAUUUCCCUCGCCCAUGGAGAGAUCUGUUUCGCCUUCCACUCCUGUCCAGGCGCACUUGACUCAUAACAGUCGGCAGCUGAGAUCCUCUUCACUUAACAGUCCACUCCCUCCGAAUGGAGUCCCCUCCUCUCCACUACAGUUCUGUUCCGCCACUCCAAAACACGCCGUGCCGGUCCCAGGUCGCCUACCCUCUACGGCAAUGAACUCCUCCCCGUCAUCUUCCUCCAGUCCAUCUCAGGAGAACUCCAUGAGGAUCUUUGACACCAUGUACCCGGAGCUCUCUGCCCACGCCCGAACUCUGAGCAUUCUCAGAGGGAAUGUCGGGCUCAGCAUGUGUUCAUCUGAGAGUGGGACGUUACCCACAACAACCAACAGUCAGAUGUCUUGCUUUAAGACGAUUAACUCCACUUCGACGGCCUUCACCAAGACUGAGAUGAGACGAGAAAAAAGACAGGCCGUCAGUUUGCUUCAACCUAAAAGCAGUAAAUGUCUCAGGCUAGAUAACUGCUCUCCUACUGUCAGCCACAAGCAGGUGCGUUCCUCCUCCUCCAACAGUGGAGUGGAGGCCACCUCAGCCCAGACUCUGAGUAGCCAACAAUGCAAACCAAAGACAGCUUUACCGUCCCAUGAAGGUGGAGAACCGGCAAAGCAAAAUCUUAUAGCUCACCUUUUAAAGAAGAUUGAAAACCAGUUUUUCGAUCUACUGCCUGUGAUCCAGAGCCAAUUGUAUGUUGGUAACCUGUCCAAAAAGCCUGUCUUGAGAGACGAAGAGAAGGAGGUCAUCUCUGAGAUUUGCCAAAACGGCUUGCUUAACACGGGUGACAUGAUUUUGGCCAUCCUGGAAAAGUUGAAAGAGGGGAAAAAAUAUCUGAACAGUAACCACACGCAGGCCCUCUGUAGAGUCCACACAGGGAUCUGUAGACAGACAAGAGACUGGGAGAAAGCUCACAUCCUGGCACACAGCAUUCUCACAGAAGAUUUCCCAGACUGUGCUAAGAUGAUUUUGUUCAUGGUGACAACAUGGCCCAAAGUACUCUCACACAGUAGUUCUCUGUGCCAGGCUAUACAUACUGUCACCAAACUGAAAGCAGAAGAAAACCUCCUCAGCUGCCUUUCAGCAUACCUUGGCUGGGAAAAGACUCCUCCCUGUGAAAUUGAGACGCUGAUCUCCAGAACGCUGUCUGAUAUUCAGUCAGGGUCCGGCAUGUCUUUCACUAAACACAGUCGCUACGGGCAGGACCUGGGUACUGAGGCCUGGCAGCAUGUCUUAACCCUGCAACUCCUCUGUUCACACAAGAAGUGGCAGUGGACCUAUGAUCAUUUAUUGGGCAAGGAGUUGUGGCCACUCAUGAACACCUGGGUGACACAGCCCAGAGAUCAACAAACUCCUGUCUCUGAUUUGACCGUCGCCACUGUAGUCCGACUCAUUGGACGCCUCGGUCAACUUGGAAUGAAAGACAGGAAUUCUUCCUCAGUGGUAACAGUAGCCAACGUCAUGAACGCGUUUGGAAGGCACGGACAGACUGAAGGUGUACCAUGGGAGGUCCAGUUGGCCGCAAUCUACUGCAUCUAUGACCUGUCUCCCUGUAACCCCAAACAAGCCCUGGAUGCCCUGGCAGGGUGGAGAGGAGAAACGUUUCACAGCGUCCCUCCUGCAGUCACCAGCUGCAUUAACCAGUUAGCUUCUAUCUGCAGACAAGUCAAGAGUUGAGAGACACAAAUGCUAUACAGUUUGUACACUUUUUUUUUUUAAUGAAAAAUUCCAACUAUGCACCUACGUUUUUAUGUAAACUUGCUGACUGGCAGCCUAUGGUAGAGUUGUUAACCGUUUGGGCACAUAAAUGUUCUCAAAUUUGUUUGGUGCUACCCCUCACAAAGGAGUUCUUGAAGUACAUAGUAAGCCUUUAAAUUAAAAUAUGCUGAAAGACAGUUCAGACAAAUGUUUUAGUUUGUGUUUUGUAUUUGCACUUCUACUUUAAAAUGAAUACAUUUAAAUGUACUCUUAUUUUGUAGCAAAUGUUUCCUCAAUGUUUAGUACUGGAGACAUUUAACAUUCGUUUUUUAAACUGUACAUACCCUGUUAUAAAUGUACCGGCAUGUAUCACUGCAAUCUUUUUGCUCAGGUAAUGCUCUCAAAUAUUGUAAAAUAUGUACAUGUGUUCUGGUUAAACUGUGGCCCGGUUUUAUAUAAUUUCUUCAUUUGUAAAUAUGAGGAUUUGAUGUUUGUAUGAAUGAAAAAUAAGAUUGCCACAGCUCUGUACAGUUUAAAGUUUCAGAGGUUAUCUAACUUUUUCAAAUAAAAAAUUCAACAUAAUGAAUAUAAAA